AUUUCUUACCUUUGUGUUCUCGUUUUCUUUGCUUUCUGGCCCGGCCCCGCCUUUGAAUGGAUGAGAGCCAUGAGUCCUUGCUCCGUGCCGACAGCAACGGUGGCAGCGACACCGGCGAGAGCAGCGAGGCCCAGGACAGUGAUGCCGAUGCUGGCAGCUGCAGGAUUUGCAAGGCGUGGGGCCUGUCCAAAGGCAGACAGAUAUGUGGGAGAUGGACAAUUUGGGAGCUUUUGACAGGGACGCAGGUCGGUGCACUGUUGCUCGCACUGCUGCUCCUGUGCCUGGCUGCCGCGGCGACCGCGUUCCGGGCGCCCCUGGCGGCCUACCUGGCCCGCCGCGGCAUCGCUGCCGCGCAGCUGGAGAUCUUCUCCGUGGACCUCGGCCACAUCGCGGCGCCGCUGGAGGAUCCGCAGCUGCUCCUCUCGCCGCAGCUGCGGGGGCGGCUGCGACGGCCCAGCCCAGUGGAAGCGGAAAUAAGGAUGUCGCAGCUGAUCCUUUACAUGCCAACUCCUCACGAGACGCUACAGCUGGGUCAACUUCACAUGCCGGACAUCUAUGUGCAGGCGAACCGCGAUUGGUGGAUGAAUCUCACGGCCCGUGUGGUCAUCGAGAAUCUCACAGCCUUGGGCUUGGCAGGAAAGCAUGUUGUUCAAGAGUCUCAGUCCUCCUGGAUGGUUCGCGGGCAACUGGCGGUCCGUUGCCACGUGUUGGGCUUCUUGGUGCAGUUGUCAAAUAUUAGCUUUGAGAAGUUGGUGGACUUGAAAGGCAUAGCUGGCUUCGCGCAAGACGUGAGUCCCAUCACGAUGCAGAAGGUCACCAAGGCUGAAGGACAUGCCCACCAUUUGGACACAACAGUGCUCAUCAAUGUGAUAAAUCCCUCGUACUUGGCUGCUGACUUGGAAGGCCCGUUCCACUUCAACGUGACGCAGCGAGGAUUUUUCCUUGGCACAGCAUCGCUUCCCAGCGUGUCCUUGCGACCUGGACGGAUGACCCUCGCAGUGCACUUCGUUUUGGCGGCGGAGGGCGGGGCUACGGCCCAGGAGCAGGCUGCUUUGGGGGCUUUUCUGACCGGCUACAUUGGCGCGCAGGUGCAGAGAGUGAGUAUGCUGGGAUCGUCGAGGUCCAGCGCCAACCCGGUCGCAGCAGUGGUUCUGGAUGGCUUGCAGCUGACCUUCCGCUUCCAGCCUCCCGAGGCAAGUUUCAUCCAUCACAUCAACGCGGAUGUGGGCCUCGUUGGACUGCAGGUGACGUCGGAGGUGGUCAACCCGUUGCCUCAAGUGAUUGUGCUCAAUUCCAUGGACCUUUCGAUCCGAGAGCGGGACAUCACGGGUGAAAACAUUUUCCACUUGAAGGGGAACGCCACUUCAGGCCUUGGUGGCCAGCGAUUGCCGCCUGGAGCUUCCAGAUUUCAUCUUUCCCUCAGCACAUUGGAUGCGAAUUUGAAGGACCUCCUUUUGAUUGGCCGAUUGAUUGAGGAUGCAGUGGAUGGAGCUUUGGUGGUGGGUGUGUUGGGCCCUCUCUCCAUCACCAUCCGCCCGGACUUCAACUUGACCGUGCAAUACGCUGCCAAUGGCGUGACUGCAAAGCUUUCUUGUUUGGUCGUUUGCGGCUCCGCCCACAGUGUCCUAAAUCCAGGCACUUGGUUUCGCACGCCUGAGAGCUAGAUGGAUCAUCCUUGUGCUGGACCCCUGGCGACCAGCUCUGGAAGCAGGCAGAAUCGGAGUGUGGAGCUUUGCACGCCACUUGCCUGGCCGCAGCUUCGCAGGUGGAAAAGAUGUGCGCUCUUGGAAG